UGUAAAGUUUGCUGUGUCGCGGGCGGACCGAUGGACAGAAGUGGGUCCGAGUCCCGGUAACCGACCGAGCCCCAGAUGGAUGACAUCAAUGUCCUACACCACAGAUGCCUCUUGAAUCUAAGGCGUCGAAUCAGAGACAUUGGGGACGGGCGCCCGGCACAGGAGCGAUUCAUGAGGCUGCAGAAAGAUGGAGACGCUCUCAGUUACCAAGGGAACUCUGAAGAAGUGGGUUGCUAUGUGGCUGGCCAUCCUCUCUCAAAGGGAAACUGUUACUUCGAGGUGACGAUAGUGGACACAGGGGUGAGGGGAACCAUUGCUGUGGGCCUGGUGCCUAAAUUCUACAGGCUGGACCACCAGCCUGGCUGGCUGCCAUACUCUGUAGCUUACCACGCUGACAACGGCAAACUGUACAAUGGAAACCCUGUGGGGCAGCAGUUUGGACCAAAAUGUGCUCGAGGUGACCGCGUCGGCUGUGGAAUCCACUCGGAAAAUACAGAAGCAGGUUUCUCAACAGUCUUUUUCACCAAAAACGGCAAAGAGGUGGGCUCAGUGGAGGUUCCUGUGUUGGCUGAGGGGCUGUUCCCCGCGGUAGGGAUGCACUCCAUGGGGGAGGAGGUGAAGGUGGACCUGCAGGCUGAGUGGUUCCUGGAGGAGGACGAGAGCAUGAUGAUGGUUGACAGCCAUGAGGACGACUGGGGUCGGCUGUACGACGUCAGGGUGAGCGGAACGCUCUUGGAGUAUGUUGGCAAAGGAAAGAGCAUCAUGGACGUGGGCUUGGCCCAGGCCCGGCAGCCCCUGACCACCCGCUGCCACUAUUAUGAAGUGGAGAUCGUUGAUGCCGGGGAGAAGUGCUACAUUGCCCUGGGUCUGGCACGAAGGGACUACCCCAGGAACAGACACCCGGGCUGGAGCCGAGGCUCGGUGGCCUACCAUGCAGACGAUGGGAAGAUCUUUCACGGCAGCGGCGUCGGCGACGCGUUCGGCCCUCGCUGCUUCAAGGGCGACAUCAUGGGCUGCGGCAUCAUGUUCCCACGGGACUACAUCCUGGACGGAGACGGUGACGUGGACGACUGGGAUCGGCCGGAGGUCCGUCCGGGUCCGGCCGGCGUCCAGAACGUCCUGUACCUCAACGCCGAGGAGGAAGAGGAGGAGGAGGAGGAGGAAGAGGACGGGGAGGAGGCCGAGCAGGGACAAGAGGGGAGGAAGGUCACGGUGUUCUUCACCAGGAACGGGAAGCUGAUGGGCCGGAGGGAGAUGCUGGUGCCCCCUGGUGGCCUCUACCCCACCGUGGGGAUGCUGAGCAGCGGCGAGAAGGUGAAGGUGGAUCUGCACCCGCUCAGCGGCUGAAGCUCGGGACUCGAACCUGUGACGCCCUGCGACCAGCUGGCUGC